GGUUCUGAUUGCAUCACUUUCUUUCGUUGACUGUCUUUUUUGGUUCUUCGCGUUCUGUCUAGAAGGUCUUCUUCAAGUCCAUUUCACGGUCAACCACCGGACGAUACGUCAACCCGGGGGAAUGGUAGUAAUCUACGGCAGAGUUCUCACACGCUCCACUCUAAUUAGAUCUGUUGGACCUUGUACAAAAGUUUUGAAACGAGGAGUGCCUCUGAGAUCGAUUUCAGCAUCAUAUCGUCUUUCAGCUGCAUCGCACGCUUCCCAAGCUGCUCUCCGAACGAGAAAUAUUGGCAUCAUAGCUCAUAUCGACGCCGGUAAAACGACCACUACUGAGCGCAUGCUCUACUAUAGUGGACACACCCGACGAAUUGGUGAUGUUGAUGAAGGAUCAACUGUCACAGAUUUCCUACCAGCCGAACGAGCUAGAGGUAUCACUAUACAGUCUGCAGCCAUCACCUUCGAAUGGCCUCCGGUGGGUGAUCAACAGGCCGCCCAGCUCGCCAAAGAUUUUGAUAUAGGAACCGACACCCAACCGCGCUGUCAAUAUCCUCACAACAUCAACCUAAUAGAUACUCCGGGCCAUGCCGACUUUACAUUCGAGGUGCGACGAUCGUUGAGAAUUCUGGACGGUGCUAUCUGUAUCCUUGACGGCGUUGCUGGUGUCGAAGCACAGACGGAACAGGUGUGGGCUCAGGCGGCUGAAUGGAAGAUUCCAAGGAUAGCCUACAUCAACAAGCUUGAUCGGAAUGGUGCUGCUUUUGGCCGUACCGUGCGUGAGAUUGGUUCACGUCUCAAGGGAUGGCCUGCUGUGUGUCAAAUACCGUGGUUCGAAGGGGGAAAGGGUCAAUUCACAGGUGUCGGUGAUGUGAUCAACCUAGAGGGGCUGUUGUACACUCCAGGAGGUGAUGGAAAGGCUGUCCAGCGCAUACCGCUGUCACGAAUGGAACAAGAGUACCCGGAAUUUGCCACAGAGUUGCAUCGAGCAAGAAUUGCUCUGGUUGAGCUACUGAGUGAGCAUGAUGACCACCUUGUGGAAGCCUUUUUCGAGGCAGAAGAGGAUCAUCUCAAUGUCACCCCAGCUCAGGUUCUCCAGAGUCUUCGACGAUCUUUGCUCGCGGAAAAUUGCAGCAUCAUUCCGGUGUUUGCUGGUGCAAGCUUCCGAAACAUCGGCGUUCAACCACUGCUGGAUGCGAUCAACAAUCUAUUACCUAGCCCGGCAGAACGUCCGGAUCCCGAAAUCAGUCUUGGAUCCAGCUCUGGUGGCCUUUCGCAACUAAUGAGUGGCGAGCUCUCUCUCCGCAACGACGACCCGGACAAGUCCAAGAAAAAAGGAGCAGUGCAAGGGUCAUCCGCUGUUGGGAACACGCUUCAAGGAUGUGCAUUGGCAUUCAAAGUUGUCAACGAUCCACGCAAAGGCGUUCUCGUCUACAUACGGGUUUACUCAGGCUCGAUCGAUCGCAACUCUCUGCUGUACAACACGAAUCUACAGAACUCUGAGCGAGCGUCGACGCUGUUGCGGAUGUACGCCUCAGAAUCCGUGCCUGUACAAUCAUUAAAGGCUGGAGAAAUCGGUGUCAUUGCCGGUUCAAAAUUCGCACGGACAGGAGAUACCCUGGUGUCAUACGCCGGUAACAAGGCCACACCUCCAGAACCGCUGAACAAACUACAGCUUCGGCCUAUCAAAGUUCCCCCGCCGGUAUUCUUCGCUUCAAUCGAGCCGAAUAGUUUGCGGGAAGAAAAAGACAUGCAUGAGAAGCUUGCUCUACUUUUGCGAGAAGACCCAAGCCUGCAAAUCACCCAGGACGAAGAUACUGGCCAGACCCAGAUCAGUGGCAUGGGAGAACUGCACCUGGAAAUCGCCCAAGACAGACUGGUCAACGACCUCAAAGCCCGAGCCAACAUGGGGAAGAUUGCCAUUGGGUACCGGGAAUCCCUGCCUCAGUCUUCGAAGCCAAUCACCAAGACUUUGGAAGGUGACCGCGCAGCCACAAAGGGAAAAGCAGGAUGCACGGCGGUCGCAGAGCCAAUGUCGGACGCUGAUGAGUCUGGCAGCAGCGGUGACGAGGACGACGAUGAUGUCUUCAGGUACGAACAAGAUGGAAACUUGAUCUUGAUCGAGACGCCCACAUUGGAUAGAAAGGGGCGACCCAUCAGUUCCGACAACGCGUCACUGCCACCACAUCUCAACCUCGCCGAGAUGCAGUCGGCAUAUGUCAAUGGCGCACUGGCGGCUCUGAGCCGAGGACCCUCAUAUUCCUACCCGAUGCGCAACACCAAAGUCACUCUGAGACUCGUGCCCGAAGAACACAUCUUUGGAUCCGAGACGACAUACUCUUCGCUCACUUCUGCGGCUCGAUUGGCCACGAUAGCCGCCUUCAGAGACGCGACCAAAUCGGGUCCGAGUACACUGAUGGAACCCGUCAUGAACGUCGACAUCAGUGUCGAUGAAGCCAGUCUGGGAAACGUCAUCCAAGACCUUUCGUCGAGUCGCGGCGGUCAAAUUGUGUCGCUGGGGGACCACGAGGAAGGGGAUGAAGACAACAACAACACCAGCAGUCAUGGUCCUUCUCAGAGGAUCGACGUCAGCAAGAUUUACGCUCCGAAAGACCCAUUUGAAUCCGGAUCAUCUUUGUCGGGAGAACAACACGAUCACGUCAACAUCCAGCGGACCGUCAAAGCCAAAGUGCCCCUGAAAGAGAUGGUCGGGUACCUAAAACAUCUCAGGAGCAUGACCGGUGGUCGAGGAACUUUUGUCAUGAGUGUAGACCGCUUCGAGAGAAUCACGGGUCCCAGAGAGAGGGCACUGAUGACAGAAUUGCGCGGUGGACAUUUAUGAACAGGCGAUCAGAUCAGACUCUUUUUUUUUCUUUAUCAGAGUUAUGGCUGAGGACCUCUUUCGCAGGGUGUUGCCUGUGGAUCUGAGUGAGGCGGUUGAAUGAAUGGCCCGCGCUCCCCCCAAAAAAGGCUUGUCCUAGUUGUACUCCAUACUGUACUGUAUAUUUAUUAUUUGAAACUCCAUAGAUCUAAAUGUGAC